AUGUCCUACGACGACCGCGUUAAUGCGCGCCCCAGCCUGAACGAUGAGUCCGAUGUCGAGGAGGAGGCUCUGGUCAACGACUACCGUGAGCAGGUCAACUUCGAGGACGGAUUGAGUGAUCUGGACCGGACGACAUCCCUCGGUGGCUCGCAGGCCCAGGACCUUCAGGCACAGCUGGCUGCCGCCGCUACCCCGCUGGAAUACCAGGCGACCCUCGAGACCAAGUUCGCCAGCUACGACAACUACUGCAGUCUCUUCCACUACAUUCUGAACUCGGAGGGUCCCGUGGAUCUCGAGGUUCCCUCGUACUACUGGGCCUGGGAUGUUAUUGAUGAGUUCAUCUACCAAUUCGAGUCGUUCUGCCGCUAUCGCAACCGCGUCGCUCGUACCGGCGGCUCCGUGGAAGAGGCUCAGCUGCUCCGCGAGAACCCCAACACCUGGGGUUGCUACUCCGUGCUGAACGUGCUCUACUCCCUCAUCCAGCGCUCCCAGAUCAACGAGCAGCUCGCUGCCAUCAAGCGCGGCGACGACCCCGUUGCCUUCGCUGGCGAGUACGGUUCCCGCCCCCUGUACAAGAUGCUGGGCUACUUCUCGAUCAUCGGCCUGCUGCGUGUGCACUGCCUGCUCGGUGACUUUAGCCUCGCUAUCAAGACCCUCGACGACAUCGAGAUGAACAAGAAGGCCAUGUUCGCCCGUGUGAUGGCCGCCCACUUCACCACCUACUACUACGUGGGUUUCUCCUACAUGAUGAUGCGUCGUUACGCCGAUGCCAUCCGCAUGUUCAGCCACAUCCUCGUCUACGUCUCCCGGACGAAGAACUUCCAGAAGGGUGGCAACAGCUACGACGCUAUCGCCAAGAAGAACGACCAGAUGUACGCCCUGAUCGCCAUCUGUGUCGCUCUCCACCCCACUCGCCUGGACGACACCAUCCACUCCGCCGUGCGCGAGAAGUACGGUGAGCAGUUCCACCGCAUGCAGCAGGGUGGCCCCGAGGCCCUGCCCGUCUUCGAGGAGCUGUUCCGCUCCGCCUGCCCCAAGUUCAUCAGCCCCACUCCUCCUGACUUCGACAACCCUGCCCUGAACGUGGACCCCGUCGACCACCACACCGCCAUCUUCAUGGAUGAGGUCAAGAACACCCUGUUCAACCCCACCAUCCGCUCCUACCUGAAGCUCUACACCACCAUGGACCUGAAGAAGCUGGCUGGCUUCCUCGAGGUCGAGCCUGAGCAGCUCCGCUCGUGGCUGCUGGUCAACAAGCAGCGCAGUCGCCAGAUCCGCUGGGUCGAGGGUGGUCUGCUCGAGGGUGAAGCCGUCAUCUCUAACGACCUCGACUACGCUCUUGAGGAUGAUCUCAUUCACGUUAGCGAGACCAAGGCCGGCCGCCGCUUGGUGGACUGGUACCUGCGCAACCUUGCCCGCGUCUACUAA